AUGAAAUAUUACUCGAAUUCCUUAGACGAUUUGGGAGUAAAUCAACAUACAAAAAUUCAGGGGAAGAAAUCGUCAGGAAGACCUGUUGGGGAGUCAUCCUCUUGUACAACUACUCUUAUUUCUUCUGACAAUAAUUGUGGUACCAAGAAUUUAAUUGAAUACGAAAAUGAUGAUGCCUUGGACAUUAAAGAAGAAUUGAUCCAAGACCAAGAGACAAUUCCAGCCCCGAAACAGAAUAAAACAAAUCAGUCGAAAUUUUGUACCGUAUAUAUAAGAGCAGAUGAUAUUUUAGAGGCUACGUCGAAACCGCAGGCUUUAAAGAAGCAAAAAAUUCAGAAAUCAGAACAGGAAAAGAAACACACAUGCGAAAAGUGUGCCCGCAGCUAUAAAUGGAAACGUCAUUUAAAUCGCCAUCUAAAAUACGAAUGCGACGUCAGGCCUCAGUUCAGAUGUAAUUUCUGCGGAAAACUGUUUAAACGAGUAGGUAAUAUGAAUCUCCAUGUAAACCGCGUGCAUCACAAGACAAACUCAGUGAAAUCGGUAUUGAGGCAUAAUUGCGACAAGUGUUCACGAAGUUACAAUUGGCUAAAAGAUUUAAUACGACACAAAAAUUUAGUGCAUGCAGUAGUAAAACCACAAUUUAUUUGCGAUUUUUGCGGAUAUGAAUCCAACAUGAAACGUCCCUUAGUACGACAUAUGAUUUCACGUCACUUACCGAUAUCGAAAUCCAGACAUAAAUGCGACAAAUGUUCACGAAGUUAUGGCUCGUCAGAUAGUUUAUAUCAACAUAAACGUUUAGAACAUGCAGCAGUUAUACCACAAUUUACUUGCGAUUUUUGUGAUUUUAUAUCUAAACGCAAGCAGGACUUAUCAAAACAUAUAAAUUCGAAACACCUUGAUAAGUAAUAUUUAAAAAGCACGCGAAACUUCAAUCGUUGGAAAAUUCCUCAUACUAUUUGAAAGAAUUUUUUGUAUAUCGCAUUUAAUGCUUGGAUCCCUUAAUUUAUUCUUUUUAAAAUUUACUACAUAAUACUUGAUUUUAUUUUUUGAAGUUUCAAGAAGGUAGAUUUAUCAUAGUUUGUCAAUGUUGAUAAAUUUUUUUAUUACAAACCACCAUGGUAUGAGCCUAUUAAGCCCUCAGAGAAGUGAACGUUAAGAUAGACUUUUACCAUACAAUGUAUUUCAUUAAUUUACUGUAGGCAUAUAUAUGUCAGUCGCAUGUUUACAUCUACAACAGUAUCAACAAAAAAAACCAUGAAAUCUUCAA